CACCGCCGGGCAGCAGCGAAACCCUCAGCACAAACCCCGAGACAUCGCCGGGACACCGGGCAGUGCACCCCCGGGCACCGGGACCGGAGCCCCAGGGUACCAGCACCGGGCUGCAAUGCUUCCCGGGGCGGCCCCCCUCGCCUUCCUCCUUCGGUGCCUCCUGCUCCUCUUCGCCUCCGAGAGCCGAGCCCGGGCUCGGCCAGACACGUUCUGUGACUUCAACGGCAAGAAGUACAGCCCGGGGGAGAGCUGGCACCCGUACCUGGAGCCCCAGGGGCUGAUGUACUGCAUCCGCUGCAGCUGCUCCGAGAACACCAACAUCAGGUGCUACCGGAUCCAGUGCCCAGCUCUGCCGUGUGCCAGCCCUGUCACGGACCCCCAGCAGUGCUGCCCACGGUGCCCUGAGCCACAUUCCCCGUCCGGCCUCCGUGCACCUGCCAGGUCCUGCCAGUACAACGGGACCACAUACCAGCAGGGCGAGAUGUUCAGCACCAGUGAGCUCUUCCCCGGCCGCCAGCCCAACCAGUGUGUGCAGUGCAGCUGCUCUGAAGGCCAGAUUUACUGUGGCUUGGUGACCUGCCCUGAGCUGCUGUGCUCCUCUCCCUUAACUGUGCCGGAUUCCUGCUGCCAGGUCUGCAAAGAUGACUCCUUUGAGAAGUCCACAGAAGAGGAACCACUGCAGCUAAACAGAGGUGUUAGAAACUCACAAGACCAGUGCUUGGGAGAGGUGAUAGGGAGGAAGCCACCUGGAGCCACUGUGUCCACUGUUCUCAGCUCUUCCCUGGAGUUAAUUCCCAGAAGCUUCAAACCCAAGGGAACAGGUGGCACCACUGUGAAGAUCGUCUUGAAAGAGAAGCACAAGAAAGCUUGUGUUUACAAUGGGAAGACCUACUCCCAUGGGGAAGUGUGGCAUCCCGUCUUCCGCCUCUACGGCCUCCUGCCCUGCAUCCUCUGCACGUGCAGGGAUGGCGUCCAGGACUGCCAGAAGAUCACAUGCCCUAAGGAGUAUCCAUGUGAAUAUCCAGAAAAAGUAGAUGGGAAAUGCUGUAAAAUAUGUCCAGAAACCAGAGUCAAACCCACGGAUGGAAUCGCCACCCCCCGGUGCAGCAAGAGCCCCAGCCGUGUCCUGGUGUACACGUUCGUGCCUCCACGCUCAGAGGCCUCCAAGGAGAUCCUCAGGACCAUGGCAAUCGAGAAGGAGCUGGCAGAAGAGGUGGAAAUCUACAACUGGAAGCUGAUUAAAGGAAUAUUCCAUCUGAUCCAGACCAAGAAGAUCAGCAAACAGGAAUUCAAGCAAGAAGCACAAAACUUCAGGCUGAUCACUAGGACAAACGAAGGUCACUGGAACAUCUUCCGAGCCCAGACGUCUGAGCUGAGGAUGACAGAAAGCCCAGAGAAGGAAACAAAGAACUUGUAAAGCAAAGAACUUUCCUCUAACUAUUGAUUUAUCUACACACAGACACACAUACACAUAUAUAUGAACUCCAGAGCUGCAUUAUUAAAUAGACUGGCACCGCAAUACAGGUUACACUAGUGGAAAUUCCAGCGACUCCAGAGAACGAUCCCAAUCCAUCAGCAUCGAAGCCACAGCCAUGUAGGUGCCUCUCUCCAGCGGGACAGUGCAGGAAGCUGGCCACCACCUCCCACUAUCCCAAAGAUGUUGGAUGAGCAGAGGGAGGAGGGAGAGAGAGCAGAGGAGUGAGACCUGGUGCAACAUGAGGAGGUAGGAUCCAUCCUGGACACCCCAGUGUUCCUGAGGAGCAUCAGGAGUGCGCAGCAAAGCGGAACACCACCGUUCUGCCAGCUGCUGGUGGAAAGAUGACCUGCAAAGAAAGAGAAAUCAUCCCUCUUUCCUUCCUUGGAGCCCCUGGGAUCUGCAAAGGGGUUUCUUUGGCUGAGUGCC